AUGAUUUCUCGUCGAUUUGAUUGCUUCCUCAUCGUAUUCAGUUUAAUUUGGUUUGCAGGGCUGACUUCAGCUGCCACCAGUUUUGCCGCCAACGUCAAGUAUUGUCCUAUUAAAUCCAAAAAGAGUAUCACAGAUGAGAUCAAAUCAUUAACCGAAGAAGUCACCAAUAUGAAUGAUUAUGUUUCAAAACUAGCAGAUUCUAAAGAUAGAGAUGAAUUACUUGAUGUAGCCUAUAAAGCGAUUUGUUCAGAGUAUAUGCAAAACGCUAGUCGGCUUAGACUUUUUCGUAAGGCAAAACAAAAAUCUAAAACAUCUUAUGAGAAGAUCAAACCUCUUAUUGAUCAAAUUGUGAUUCUAUUACAGGAUUUUAUCAUUGAUCCAUCAAAAGCAGUUGAACAUGCAUCAGAUUUGGCCAAAGCUAUCACAAAAAUACGAGGAGAAGCUAAGCCACGUAAGAAAUUCCUACUCGGUCACAUGAUUUUAUUAUUGAUUGAAGUGAAUACUGAUCAAGAUUAUGGAUUCUUUCUUUGUAAUUCGUUUUAA